GCCAUGGGGGCACGAGGGGCUUCCGGGGCUCAAGUUGGGGCUGAGUCGCUGCCUUAGGCCCCAAUGAGACUACCAUAUCAUCUUCCCGGCUUAGAGACAGUCUCCUCUUGUCACCCUUGGCAUGUGGGAACCUGAGAAGGUGGUGCCCGGUUCGGGUGCUGUGUUUACAUUUGGAAAAACUAAAUUUGCUGAAAAUAUUCCCAGCAAAUUCUGGUUUAAAAAUGAUAUAGCUACAUGUCUUGCAUGUGGAGAUGAACAUUCUGCUGUUGUUACAGGAAAUAAUAAACUUUACGUGUUUGGCAGUAACAACUGGGGCCAGUUAGGAUUAGGAUCAAAGUCAACUGUUAGGAAACCAACGUGUAUCAAAGACUUAAAGCCUGAAAAGGUGAAAUUGGCUGCCUGUGGUCGGAACCACACCCUCGUCUCAACAGAAGGAGGCAGAAUAUAUGCAGCUGGAGGAAAUAAUGAAGGACAGCUAGGGCUUGGUGACACUGAAGACAGAAAUACUUUUCAUCUAAUUGAAUUUUUUGCAUCCCAGCAUCGGUUUAAGUUUAAACAGCUCUCUGCUGGAUCUAACACUUCAGCUGCACUAACUGAGGAUGGAAAGCUUUUUAUGUGGGGAGACAAUUCUGAAGGGCAAAUUGGUUUAAAAAAUGUACCUAAUGUGUGUGUGCCUCAUCAAGUGACCGUUGGGAAACCCAUCAUCUGGAUCUCUUGUGGAUAUUACCAUUCAGCUUUUGUAACAAUUGAGGGGGAACUGUAUACAUUUGGAGAAACUGAGUGUGGGAAGUUAGGUCUUCCCAGAGAGCUGCUCAUGAAUCACAGAGUGCCCCAGAUGGUGCCUGGAAUUCCCGAGAAGGCGAUCCAAGUAGCUUGUGGUGGAGGGCACACAGCAGUUCUCACAGAGAAAACUGUGUACACCUUUGGGCUGGGACAAUUUGGUCAGCUGGGUCUUGGUACUUUUCUCUUUGCAACUCCAGUGCCCAGUGUCAUUAAGCCUGUUAAGGAGCAGAAAAUAAUUUAUAUUUCCUGUGGAGAACAUCACACAGCUUUCAUAACAGAUAUAGGUCUUCUGUAUACUUUUGGAGAUGGCCGAUAUGGAAAAUUAGGACUUGGGAUGAACAAUUUUACCAAUCAUUUCGCUCCUACUUUGUGCUCUAAAUUUUUGAAAUUUAUGGUUGAAUCGGUUGCCUGUGGUGGAUGUCACAUGCUAGUUUUUGCUUCUCCACGAGUUGAUAUAAUAGAAGUUGAUAUUCAUGAAAUGUACGAUUGUUGCAUAUCUCCGUUUACUUCUCUGCCUGUUAGCAAUCUGACCUCAGGAAAAGUACUUCAGAGAACUUUAUCAGCACGUGUGCGGCGAAGAGAGAGGGCGAACUCCCUAGAUCCUUUUCAGAUGACACAAGUACUACCUCCAAUUAAAGGGGCUCUUAGGCCACCUGUUCGCUGUUACCCCCGUUCAAUUCCUAUGUGGCUGUCUACAAUUGAUGUGCCAGAGAAAUCGAUGACUAAAAACGAGGGCCCCAUGCAGCCCAUGGAACCAGAUUACUUUGAAGAUACAAUGACUGAAUGGAAAGAGGCAGGUAGUUCUUCAACAGAGGAUUCAGAAAGCCUCGGAGAAACUACUGAUGUCUUAAAUAUGACACACAUGAUGAGAUUAAAUUCCAAUGAGAAGUCUUCAAAAUUAUCACCAAUUCAAAAACAAAAGGAUAACAGACUUUCAGAUGAUGAAGAUUCAGAAGACAAGGAUGAAGAAAUUGGUGAAUAUCUGGAAGGUGGAAAGAAAGCUGUAAGAGAAAAUGAAAAUGUUUCUGCAGAUAGCCACAGUGAAACCAUUGACAACUCAGUUGAAAAGGACAAAAAAACCAACCGAAUGGAACAGCCCACUUGUGAAUGCACUGAAAAUCCAAAAGAAAGCAUGUAUCAUCGUGCAAAGUACAGUUCUUCAGAAUGCCUGGAAGAUGAAUCCACACCAGGUAAAGACAUUAAAGUAUCAAAGAACGUUUUCCUCUUUAAGCAACUGUCAUUGAUAAAUCCAAAAGUUAUGAAGAAGAAGAAUGAAACACUCUCAGAAAAAAAAACAAUGGGAGAUGAAAUAGCUUUUAAAAACAGCAAAGAUGACCACAUGGGGCAAAAACAUCAAGCUACUUCACCCCUAAAUACAGCAAACACAUCAAGAACUUGUACAAUACUUUAA